AUGGCGAAGCUCGACCUCCCCGCUGUAUGGCGCGACGUCAAAACAUACCGCCGCGCCUACCUCCUCACGGCCAUCGCAUCGUUCGGUGGCAUGUUGUUCGGUUGGGACACGGGAUUAAUCGGCGGCGUACUAACAAUGGAAGCGUUCCAGCACUCAUUCAACCUGCACAAGGACAGUCCCGACUUCGCCAACUUGCAGGGGAACAUCGUGUCCGUCCUGCAAGCGGGCUGUUUCUUCGGCGCCAUGGCGUCGUUUUACGUGUCGGAUACGUUUGGACGCAAGGCAGCGCUGAUUAUUGCGGAUGUGAUAUUCAUCGUGGGAUCGCUGGUGCAGACGCUGAUUUGGGGUGGGAAUCUGCCGCAGUUGUAUGUUGGGCGGGUGAUUGGGGGGUUUGGAGUGGGCUUGGUUAGUGCGGUUGUACCGACUUACAUUGGCGAAAAUGCACCCAAGGAGAUUCGAGGGAGGUGUAUUGGGUGCAUGCAACUCUUCAACGUCACGGGGAUAUGUCUGGCUUUCUUCGUCAACUACGGCAUCAACCUCAACAUCGCGGACGCUACGUCUGAGGCGAAAUGGCGCAUCCCGUUUGCGUUGCAGAUUAUACCUGGAGCGAUUUUGCUCGUGGGAAUGCCCUUCAUGAACGAGUCGCCGCGCUGGCUGGUGGAGAAGAACCGCCCGGCAGACGCAGCGAAGGCGCUCGCUACUGUUCGCGGAAAGACUGUGGAUGACCCUGACGUGGUACAGGAGCUCGACGAGAUCAUCCAGGACUUCAACGGGCACGAGAAGAUGCCGCUAAUUGCGCAGAUGCGCGCUGCAGGGUCGAGCAAGAAGAUGUUUUAUCGCACGUCGUUUGGCGUUAUCCUCAUGUUCUGGCAGCAGUGGACGGGUACGAACUCAAUUAAUUACUACGCCCCACAGAUUUUCAGACAGAUAGGUCUCGUGGGGACUUCCUCGGGGCUGUUCGCUACUGGUGUAUACGGUAUUGUGAAGAUUGUAAUGACUGCGAUUGGUCUGAUGGCCUUCACUGAGCAGAUCGGACGAAAAUGGUCGCUCAUCAUGGGCUCUUUGGGGCAAGCGUUCGCCAUGCUGUACAUUGGCAUCAAUCAGGCGAUCCACCCUCCUAAGGGCGUACUCGAUGGCCAUUCGAUCUUUGCGAUCAUCUGCGUUUACCUUUUCGUCGUCUUCUACUCUUGGGGCUGGGGAUAUACGCCCUUCAUUCUAAGCUCAGAGUGCAGCCCUAACCACGUGCGAUCGCUCGUCAUGGCGGCAUCCCUCAUGACACAGUGGCUGUUUAACUUUGUGAUUGCCAAAAUCACACCCAUUCUCCUGGCUGACAUAACCUACGGAACAUUCCUGCUGUUCGGCUCUCUCUGCAUCGUCAUGGGCAUCUGGACAGUCUUCUGUGUGCCCGAGACCAAGGGAGUGCCAUUGGAGUCGAUCGGAGAGCUGUUCGAGGGCAACAUCAUCAAGGGCUGCAUCAUGGACACUUUCCCCAAGACUUCGCGCGCAAAGGGGCUCCAGAACCACCACCACACCUAUAGUGCAGAUGCAGACUCGGUCAAUGGCAGCACGCCACGAAAAGGCAGCAAAAGCGCGCGGGUGGAUCAUGUCGAGGACGCGUGA